AGCGGGAAGCAGCGGGAAACGGCGCUGGAAUUAGGGAAUUUCCCGAAAAAAAGGGAAGGUUGACAGCUAUGGGCUACUGCAACAUUUUGUUGCAGCCGACAGAACUCCAUCACAUCACUCACUCCGCUUGGCGCGGCUCCGCCCUGAUGCAGCUGCAAACAGACCCCCAGUCCUAGUCGGGCAGAUUUCCAAAGGAGAACUUCUCCCGUCGAGGGGCAACCACCCUGCACGGAGGCAGAAGACCACCCGGCUUCCACCCGGUCCUCCAAGAGGCAGGGCGGCAGAGGCGAGCCAAAGCGCAGCCAAGCUGCAAAAGGUGGAUUAACUCAAGAGCACCACCAGCGAGAGGGCUGGCGGCUUGCGACUUAGCUUGGCAGCUGCUUCCUGAUUCCGGUUUGCAGCAGCAGCAGCAGCAGCAGCAACAAACAGUCGUUGCUGCAGGAAUUGGAAAACGGAGAGUCCAGGGAGACGGGAGGCGAAAGCAAGCAUCGCCUCUGCGCGCAGGUAGGCGGCUGAUCAAUAAAACCAUCACUCUCUGCCCACCUCCUGCAUCCCACUCUUGCCAUGGGGCGGGGAGGGGGGCACCUCUUUUGCACUGUGUGUAGUUGGGAGGGCAGGAAGGAGGAGGAAGCAGGGCGGGUUGCUCGGGACUUUGCCCUGUGGACUGGACAGAUGGGGAGUGGAAGGAGUGCCUGCUCUUUCUAUUUUUGGUAAGGCAAAUGUUGCAGCCUGGCGAAGCGGGAUUUCCUGGGACUGAGUGGGGCUGGAGGGUAAAGGGGGGUGGAAGAGUCAGGGAAGCAGAGACGCCGAGGAAUUUUGUUCCCCCACCUUCAGAGGGGUGGACUGUGGACCUACGGCCGAGAAAGAGGUCAGGAAAUUUCCUAGUGGGGAGGGAAAUAGGAGUCCUUUCUUUCUUGUUCUGUUUUCAUGGACAGAAAUAGCCUGAUGGGAAUGUGGUCCAGGGAACGCAUUGGGAAGGGAGGGCUGUUGUUUUUAUUUUUAUUAUGUAUUUUGCGUGGUUUUAUCUUGUAUUUUUAUGCUGUGAACCGCCCUAGGAGCUGCGGAGGAAGGGCGGUAUGCAGAUUUAAUAAAUAAUAUUAGUAAUAGGUCUGGGAACUGUGGGAUUUGGAGGGGAUGUGAUGGUUGCCUGGGUGGGGGGAAAGGUAAAGGUACCGGUAUUUUGGGAAGUGGGGCUUAAGGGACAGAUGACAGACUGGCCCACAGAGAAAGUUUGUCCCCAUUUCAAAGACUUGUGGGGAGGAGAAAGGGGGAUUUUGGUUUCAGGGAGAGAUAAAUAGGAGGGAUUAGAUGGAUUUUGACAUCUAUGAUGCCUCGAUAAAGAAUCCAAAGGCUGGGGGAUGUUGGUCUCUGGCCGAGAGAGUCAUGGGCAUGAUUUUUCUCCAUGGCAAAGGUAUAGGAGUGCUUGAAGUUUUGACUUGGGGAAGGGCCCCUGGGGGAACUGAGAGACUGUCGGGGGAAAGUUGGGAGGGUCAGGUGAGCUGUGCUCCACAGCAUCAAUAGAUAGUGGAUUAUUCCACAGCACAGAGAAAAAUGUGAAGGGGAAGUGGGAGGGAAGAAUUAAUUGGAAAACUAACAGCUUGGUACAAAAGCAAGGGUGGCGCAAAAGAAAAAGAAAAAGCCUGGAAAUGCAGUCCUGGAAAUAGGUUCCAGAGGUUACUGAAGGGUUGGUUUGCAUGUGUCUUUGUGUGUGUGUGUGUGUGUGUGUGUGUGUGUGUGUGUGUUUGUGUGUGUGUGUGUGUGUGUGUGUGUGUGUGUGCUGUAUGUUGAUUACUGUACACAUUGAUAUUCUCACUUAAUGAUUGCAACAUCCUGCAAUGGCUUGGGUCCACAUUCACACCAUAGGUCUAGUGCAGGGGUCAGCAAACUUUUUCAGCAGGGGGCCGGUCCACUGUCCCUCAGACCUUGUGGGGGCGGACGGCGGACUAUAUUUUGAAAGGAAAAAAAAAAGAACAAAUUCCUAUGCCCCACAAAUAACCCAGAGAUGCAUUUUAAAUAAAAGCUCACAUUCUACUCAUGUAAAAACACCAGGCAGGUCCCACAAAUAACCCAGAGAUGCAUUUUAAAUAAAAGGACACAUUCUGCUCAUGUAAAAACAGGCUGAUUCCUGGACCGGAUUGAGAAGGCGAUUGGGCCGGAUCCAGCCCUGGGCCCGAGUUUGCCUACCCAUGGUCUAGUGUACUAUGAUACGACUUUAGGCAGCCAUGGCCUUCCCACAAAGAAUUCUGGGAGCUGUAGUCCGUUAAGGGUGCUGAGACUCACAGAGCUACAAUUCUCAGAGUGGCUUAACAAUCAAAUCGCUUUCCCCAGGAAACUCUUAGAAUUGUAGCUAUGGGACAAUAGGGGUCUCCCAACAACUUUCAGCACCCAUAAUUAUUUGGGGGAAGCCAUGACUGUUUAAAGCAGCAUCAUAGUGCUUUAAAUAUCUGGUGUGCGUGUGGCCCAGCAUGGGCCUUCGCAGACCGAAUUUUUGUAUUGCCUCUGACACAACUAUUUGUGCUGGAGUGGCUCAUUCAACAUCAGCAAUGAAUUACAGAGCAAUCAAACGUCGUGCAAGCCUGCUUUCAAGGACCCGAUCCUGAAUUUAUGAAUUAUUUCCGUGGAAAAGCACUGCAUUUGGGCAGUCGUUGGAUGAUCUGAAAUUUCUGUCUGUGGGGUAAGAUCUGUGGUGAUGCAUUCACACAUCCGCACACCAGUCAUCACUUGAUGUUGCAGUCAUCAGGUGAUGCACAUGUGUGAACCAGCUUUUAUUUCCUUGCUGCACUAGUUAGAGUAUUCAGAUAUUCCAGGAUGCCUCUCCAACCUUUGGAAGGAGAUUCAUUGGGUCCUUCUUCUAUUGCUGGAGUUUACAGUUUGAUAAUUCUUCCAAAGGGAUGCGACUUACAACAAAAUGUCACUGUGUAUUCCCGCCCCCGCUCUCCAGCCAACAAUUCCUUCUAAACAAGACAUUCCACUAUAUCCUCUCCCCUCCCUUCUUAAUGAACUCUAAGCUUGGUACGCCCAGUUCCUUCAGGCUUUCUUCAUUUAGGCCCCUUCUCUUCUUCAUAGCUCUUUCUCUUUUCUUGACUCCUUUCCAACGUUGCCAAUGUCACUCCUGAGCAGUGGUACUCAGAACUGAAUGUGCUAUUAUUCUAAAUGGAGCCUUGCCAGUUACCAAGUCCAGCAAUUCUAUUAACUUCCCAAGAACUGAGAACUAUGCUUUUGUUGCUACAGCGUAAAAACGUCAUUGGGCAUUGUUUACAGUGUACCAUCAGAAAUCGGGGGCGGGUAACAACCAAACUUCCGGUUCCCGUUUACAGCUCCAAUGUGGUGUUUUAGGGUCAAAGGGGGUGUCAGCCUUGGUGUCUAGAGAAGGAAACUAAGCUGAUGAAGAGCUGAGGCCUUGAAAACAAAAAGUAACCCUGCUGUGUUUCCUCCAUCUCCACCUCUGGCACUGAUUGACAGCAUAAUCUUACUCAGAAGUAAGUUCUAUUGAAUUCAGUGAGGCUUACUCACAGGUAAGUGGGGUUAGGCUUCCAGCCUUAGGCUGUGUACGCACUAUACCAGGGGUGGCCAACUCCCAAGAGACUGUGAUCUACUCACAGAGUUAAAAACUGGCAGUGAUCUACCCCCUUUUUUGGGUUCAGGUCAAAGUUGUUGAGCUUUUGAGCUUUUUUUAGGAAGCAAGGCCCUGGUUUUUUGGGUUAAGGGCUUUUGGGGUUGAGCCAAAGUUGUUCAGCUUCUUUGGGGGAAGCCAGUGAUCUACCUGUUGGACGUGCCUGCACUAUACCCUUAAAGCACAUUCAAAGCGCAUUUCCCCCCUCAAAGAAUUCUGGGUACUGUAGUUUGUAGGGUUGCUGGGACUUGUAACCCUGUGAGGGGUAAACUACAGUGCCCAGAAUUCUUUGAGGGAAAGAACAUGCUUUAAAGGUGUAGUGUGUUCACGCAGCCUUACUUUGGAACCUCGGGAAACCACUUAUGUAGUUAUGGAAAAAGUUCAUGUUUGUUUUAGUUAAGUCAUGUGCAAAUCAACAUUUAAGAAAUGUAAAAUAUUACCCAUGGAAUUUUAAUUGUAGCUAUUGUUGCAGCUGCUGCAAAUGCCCUCAGUAUAAGAGGUGUUGCCACCCCAUUAUCCUUUAUUAAUAUCCUGGCUUUUUCAGUUCCUCCCUUGGUUUCAUUUUGGUGUCACCUGCUUGCUAAAAGCUCUGUAAUGUUGUCUAACUGGGCCACUUAAGUGCUCCUCAUGACUGACACAGGUGCCCUGCUCUAAAGAACCAGACCUAUUGCUGGGAGUUAGAUCCGUCAGUGGUUGCUGGCUGUACCUAUUUAUAAUACUUUUAUGCCUCCUUUCUGGAAACCACCAAGGCAACGUCCAGAAAAUCAGAAGAUGAGAACAACAUAGUAAGAAACAUGAGACUACAAUACUAUUUAAAGAUGUGCAACUCAAGCCUAACCAUGGCUGCUCUACAUCUGUGUCCAAUGGGGCUUACUCCCAGGAAAGUAGGGUUAGGAUUACAGCCUUGAAAGGCCAAAUGUAUCACCCUAGAGCCUAAACUAACAAAAUAAACAAAAGCCCCAGAGCCAGGAAGCAGGGUUCAUCGGUUUAUAUGAACAAACAGGGCAUAGCUACUUUACCCUAACCCUACAUCACAGGGAGGUUGUGUAGAUAAAAUGUAGGGAGGUAAUCCACUUUGAGCUUUUGGGAAGAAACAAAUAAAUAAAUGGUCUUUGCGUGGGUCUUAUAAGACCUUCCUUACGUUCUCCCCAUCCGCGGCAUGUCACCCUGCUAUAUCCAGUUGCAACUCCACACACCUUUUUUUAUAUGCCGGCCUGUAACAAGAAGCUGCUGUUUAUUAAGCCGAAACCUAUUUUUAACACCCAAGGCAGGUGAUGCGAUGUGAGUGGUUGGAACUGACAGAUGGCAGGCCGCUUGGAAGCCUUUAAAAGCGGCUGUCCCCUGAAUAGGGCUUCCCCAAUGCAGGUUCCUGGCACUCUUUACGUAGCCGUUCUGGUUGUUGUUCGUGCAGGUUCCAAAAACCUGAGUCAUGUCAUAUAUAUAAGAUAUAUAUGAGAAUGAAAACAUGGGCUCAAUCCAUUGGGGAGGUCUCCUGUUCCAGCCUGAAAUGAGCAAGUCGAAAUGAGUGGGAAGAGCCACUACUGUUCUCCUGAGUUGUUCCUGUUCACUUCAACAGGGUGAGCUUCGGCUAGAAACCAGUGGAGAAGGAAACAAAAUCGAUAAUGUGGAGGCCUGUGUCAGGGCUUUCUAAGCUACGAAUUCACUUUCCUGGGUGAAUUUGCUGCACUCUUUCUGGCUCCAUCAUAGCUACGCUGUAGUAAAAGGGGCCAGGGGUCCUGCUUUCCCUCAGCAUCGGCUAGUGGUCCAACUGUGUCUCUUAUCUGAACAGGGAUAGCCUAACCUCUGUCGUCUAUGCUCUGGUGACCUCUAGGUUAGAUUACUGCAAUGUGUUUUACGUGGGUCUGCCUCUGAAGACUGUUUGGAAACUUCGGCUGGUGCAGAAUUCAGCAGCCAAGUUUCUCACCGGGGCAAGACGCUUUGAGCAUAUAACACCAAUCCUGGCCUGACUGCAUGGGCUGCCAAUUUGUUUCUGCUGGUUUUGACCUAUAAAAACCUUAAAUAGCUCAGGAUCACAAUGCCUCAAGGAGCGCCUCAGACUCUGUGAUCAUCAUCUGAGGCCCUUCUUCAUUUCCGACCCACCCCCCUGCGAGAUUUCUGGAGGGUGGCAACACAAGACUGGGCCUUUUCUUUCUUUUUUCUUUUUUAAACUUUAUUCUAAAACCGAAAAAGAGUUACAAAUAUGAAAGAAUUACAAACAUUUGAGUCUGGGCCUUUUCUUGGGUGGCUCCCCGAUUCUGGAAUGCUCUUCCCGAAGAGACUUUCCUGGCACCAUCGUUAUAUAUCUUUAGGUGCUGGGCAAAAACUUGCCUUUCUAACCAGGCCUUUUGGCCUUCACUAUCUGUGGCCUUUCAGAAGUAGGUGGGACGUUUUUAAUGUAUCUUCCCUUGCUGCUUGGUUUUCAUGUAUCUGUGUGGGUUUUUCUGAUUUUUAUUUGAUUGGUUAUCAUUCGCUUUGGGCUGCAUUGAGCAAGAUAAAGCGAUUAACAAAUAUAAUAAACAAUAAUAAUAAUUCAGAGGUCUGUCAGGUAUACAGAGAGAGAAUGUAAGAAUUCAGAGCCCAGGGUCCUUUCCAUCAGGGGUGGGAAACGCCAGGCUCUGUGUGUUUGUGUGUGUGUAAUGUGGCCCUUCAGGCCUCUUCACCUGGCCCUUGGGAUUCUGCCCAGGCUACACCACCUUUCCCCAGGCACGCCCCUCCCCAGACUUCCAUUCUCCUUUAGCCUGGCUGGAAUGUGUUCAUGAAUUGUGAAGGUGCCUCUGGCUUGUUUGAAUGGAGGAUGGAGAGAUUGGAUGGAGGUGCGUAGCAACCUCUGACUUUUGCAUGUCUGGAAUGUAUCCAGUUCCCAGAAAGGUAGAAAUUAAAUCCCUUGUUCUGUUUACAUUUGCUCUCCUGUCCUCACCCAACCGCAGGCAUGUGCCUUUAGGAGAUUGCCCAUGUGGGGUGUGGCUCUCAGACCAAAGAACAUUUUCCAUCCCUGGGUUAGAACCUGGACAGCACACAGAACACCUUGUCAGCUUUCUCCACUACCUUGGGAUAGAUUUAAUUCUAUACCUGUGCCAGUGCACGCAAUUAGCAUAUGCAAAUAUUAUGUAAAUUGGGGGGCCCUUAAGUCCUCUUCAGGUAGUGUUGUAAGGAGCCGCUCUCAGGAAACCUCAGAUUUUGUGCUAAGCGAGAGACUCUCUUUUCUUCAUGCAAACACAAUUACGCAAAUCAAUUCAACAUGUUUGCAAACGGGCUUCGUUUUGCAUUGACUCUGCUCAGCGUGUUCAGAUCCAGAUUGUUGCUGAGAGUGGGGCAUUUUUGGGUUUUUUCAGUAAUUGCUAAAUUUGGAGGUUUGGGGCGAGGCACAGUUUAUAUAGUGACAGAAGGAGAAUGAGAAAUGGGUGAGUGGCAACUCUGUUUAUGUGGCUGCAGACUGGGGGGGUGGGGCUGGGGGGGGAGAGGAAUAUGACCGGCUACAAGGGAGGAUAACUUUUGGUGGGGGGUUGGAAGGGGAGGGAACUUCUUCCCUAACACCUUGUUUUAUUUGGUUAUUUAUUUGCUUAUUAAAUUUCUAUCCUGACCUUCCUGCCCAAGGAGCUCAGUCUGGCAAAUUAUAAAACAGCAAAAUGCAAUGAAUAUAUGCAGGUCAGGAUUGGUUAAACAAGGUGGGAUGUGGAGGGGAGAUUGAGACUAAUAAUAAUAAUAAUAAUAAUAAUAAUAAUAAUAAUUUAUUAUUUAUACCCUGCCCAUCUGGCUGGGUUUCCCCAGCCACUCUGGGUGGCUCCCAACAGAAUAUUAAAAACACGAUAAAACACCAAACAUUAAAAGCUUCCCUAAACAGGACUGCCUUCAGAAGUCUUCUAAAAGUCAGAUAGUUGUUUAUUAAGCCCAUUUAAUGAGUCAAGUUCACAGUUUUGAACUGUGAGUUUCCUGACACUUUCCCCUUGCAGGUCAUCUCAGUCCAGCAAACACAAUCGGUGUAUAAAAUCUGAUUUUUGUAGGCACAGAUUUGCUGUUCAGAGUGUAACCCAGAUAUACACAUUUAGGCUCCCCAUAGAGAUCCCCAUUGGCCGGCCCAGGUCACAGCCACACCACAUAUGGCUUCCCGCAAAUAAUCCUGGGAGCUUUAGUUUUUUAAGGUUGCUCCCAGGAUUCUUUGAGGGAAGCCUGUGCUUUAAGUAUGCUCUAAACCAAGGCGGGUCCAACGUCUCAGAACAAGUGGGCCGCAAGAGUACUUUGACACAGAACCCGGUCCGAGCGAGUGAAGUAAGGCACACAUUUCUUUUUCUUGCAAGUAUUUCCCGUUGAAUUUGGUGGGGCUUGCAUCUAGUUAGACUUGCCUAGGAGCAGGCUGCAAAGAGAGAACCUGUUUGCCAAGGGAGGAGAGAUGGGAAAUAGGUGUAGGUGAGCAGGUUAUCCAAAGCAGCAGCUGCAGCUGCUCUAAGAGUCUUGUGGAACAAGCAGGUGAGAUUGAUAAAAGGGUUAGCUCCAGAGAUGACAUUCUGGAAGCCAGGCUCAUCAUGGACCGGAGGUGUCAUCCAGGCAUACAGCUAAUGGGAGGACUGUAGGAAAUCAGUCACAGCAAUGGAUUAUAACCUCUCUCCUUUAAAAUAUAUUUCUCACCUCUGUCCUUCUCCUUUCCUGAGUGUGUCUUGGUCUAGGGUUUGUUUGCUAAAUCCUGCAACUGGGGGAGGAAGACGGAAUUUCUGUUUAGUUAUUGUUUGCUGAUAAGAGUUAAUUUUAUUGUGUCCUAUUCUAAUAGAUUAUUGAAUAUUACUUUAUUUUAUAUAAGUCGUUUCAUUUUAAAGCUAUGCUUUAUUAUGACUUUUUGUAUUACAAGGUUCUUGGUUGUAUAUUUUGUUGCUGCAAACCACCGUGUGUAUAGUACAGUGGUACCUCGGGUUACAGAUGCUUCAGGUUAUAGACUCCGCUAACGCAGAAAUAGUACCUCGGGUUAAGAACUUUGCUUCAGUAUGAGAACAGAAAUCGUGCGGCGGCAGCACAGCUGCCCCAUUAGCUAAAGUGGUACCUCAGGUUAAGAACAGUUUCAGGUUACGAACAGACCUCCAGAACGAAUUAUGUUCUUAACCUGAGGUACCACUGUAAUAGAGAAAGGCAGUAUACAAAUUAAAAGUGAAAUGAAAUGAAGGGAAGAAAGCUCACAUUUUGCAACCAAUCAAACAUAGAAAUGCAAAAAUGAAAGAACAUCCAUACUCACAUUUUAUUUCCCAAGACGAAAGAACGAGCAGUUGUUUGGAAAUGUAAUCAUUCGUUGUCUUCCUUUCAUCCAAGAUAAUGGUUGUUUUGUUGGUCUUCCUCGUUUUUUUAAAGCGUUCCUCUGUGGAAAUCCCUGGUUCUCUCUGCUUUUCCUUGUGCUGAACUGUAAUAAGGACGUUGAGUCUUGUUUUUUGGUCUCUCUUCUCAGCUGCCCUUCUGAAUGUGAUGCUCAGGAAAGGAGGGCAAGGUUCUGAUCGACAGCGGCAUCUCUGACCCUUCCUUGGCAUCCAGAGAGGGCAUUGUCCAAAGAGACGGACUGCACAGGAAUGGGUAGCCAUGAGAAGGACCCAUCUUCUCCUAAGAGGGCUCCGCCCCCCUCUCGCUCCAACAGCACUGUGUCUUCCAAGCACAGCAUUGCUCGGCAGGUGAGAUGUCUCCUCUCUGCCCAAGAGUGGGUAGCCUGAGACCCUCCAGAUGUUGUUGAUCUCCCAACACCCAUCAUCCCUGUCCAUUGGCCAUACUGGCUGGGCUGGUGGGAGCUGCCAGCCACUCCUGGAGGAACCACAUAAACAAUCUACACGCAUCCCAGAGGUUGGUGGGAGGGGCUUUCAGGUCAGAGGGUGUGGCCUAAAGGUUAACCAAUGGGUAUGUCAUUGAAUCGAGCCUUUGGACUGCAGUGCAAAACUUCAACCAGUUUUCCCACUGGGAGAACACCCCUACCUUUCUUUCUAAUGUUGUUUUAAAAAAUUCUAGGGUUCCGAAAGCUGGGAGGUGGUGGAUGAGCUGCGGAUCCAGAGCGGGGUCAUUCAGGAGCCAGAGAGGCAGGAAGGCUACCUGCUGAAGAAGCGGAAAUGGCCCCUGAAGGGCUGGCACAAGGUGAGAGAUUUGAGAGCCCCGUGUGUGUAUUGGGAAUUGCCAGACUUCCUGUGGUUCUAAACUGUGGUCCCUUCCAAGCCUUUGGAAUGUAGGUUCAAUCAACCCAGGACCAGAGUGGAUCCCUUGCAGCUUCCAGUGCUGUAGGAAAACCAGUGUGUCAAACUAACUCAUCCCACAUUCACAAUAAAUCAUGCGAACCCCGUAAGAUUCAUUCCUAUGUAGGCCACUUAUUCUGCUCAAUCUCCUGUUACUACUGUGGUUCUCUGGACUGGGGCAAAGGGUGGAUAUUUUUGUUGUGCCUCUGGUAUUUUUUAACCACAUGGUUAUUUGUGACUUCUUCCUUUUCUUUCUCCCCUUCUCUCUUUCUCAAAGCGCUAUUUUGUUUUGGAAGAUGGGAUUUUGAAAUAUGCCACCACACGCCAAGAUGUGAGUACAGGGUAGGGAGCCUGGGAUGCCUGAAUUUCAAUGAGGUGGGGACUCACGGGAAUCUAAGAGCAAAAGUGGCCAUAGGGGGAUGUCAGAGAUCAAUGAGAUUCGUAGGGCAGAGCUCAAAGGUCUGGGUAAGUAUUCAUUUCACCAUUUCACCCUCCCUCCCAGGUCUUGAAGGGGAAGCUUCACGGCUCUGUUGAUGUCCGCCUGUCUGUCAUGUCAGUCAACAAGAAGGCGCAGCGUGUAGAUCUGGACACAGAAGAGAACAUAUAUCAUCUCAAGGUAAGGCGUGCAAAAGAGGAACCUCAUGCAGGUUGCGGGGUUGUGGUAACAGGUCAGGAUGGGACAGAAAAGCAUAAGGAACUGAAAUGGGAAAAAGGCGAAAGAUUUAUACGGUCUGAAGAGAAACCAGAUGGAAAACUGGAAAAGGAAGACUGGGUGAGUGAAUGGGAAAGGUCAAAUGCCAACCCAUCAUUUAGCCUUGAGGAGGUUGUUGGCCCUCGAUUUCCCCAGUCCGGAAAAUGGGAGCGUUAGCCUGAGGAUGGGAAAGCUGAAAAUCCUGAUCUGGCAAAUGACACCUGAAAGGGUUUCAGUUUGCUUGCCUCCUGUUCUGGAUGAACAAAGGUUUACUGGGAAACAAGAUAACAGUACGCGGCACAGUAAUGUGUACAGUGGUACCUUGGAAGUCGAAUGGAAUCAGUUCCGGAAGUCCGUUCGACUUCCAAAACGUUCAGAAACCAAGGAAGCUCCUGCAGCCAAUCGGAAGCCACGGAAGCCGCAUCAGACGUUCGGGUUCCAAAGAAGGUUCGCAAACCGGAACACUCUCUUCUGGGUUUGCAGGGUUUGGGAGCCAAAAUGUUUGACUCGCAAGACAUUCGAUAGGCACUGUGUAUCAGUUAGGGUUGGAAAGCUCUGCAUGAAUGUAACUGCCUUUGUAGUUCUCUGUGUCAGGGUAUCAUGUAAAAAAGAGAUGGUUUGUCCUGUUUGUUUGGCUUGCGUUGUUGCUCUGGGUUCAAAUCCAAGCUAAUGCAUGAACACCAGGGCCCAUAACCAGGAGGAUUCUGUGGGCAUGUAGAGUGUGGGGAAAGGUUUCUCCCCAGCUAUGGCAAACCAGGCUAUUCCUUUGCCAUUCACUGCAAUUAGCUUUCAGCGCACAUUUUCCUGGCAGUUCCUAAAACAUGCAGGAAGCUGAACAUGGUAUAUAUCAGUGGCGUCAUCAGAUCGUUUUGCUACAAGCUUGGAGCCCUCGCUUGCAGACUUUCACGAUGCUUUAACUGUGAACCGGAUUGUUUUGAGGAUUCUGUGGUCUGGGUGGGACAAUGCCGACAAGGUCUUUAUCUGCAUUUGCCUUUAAAAAGAAAAAGGGGAGGCAAAGCUUUGUUGUAUUGAAAAAUUGUUAUGUAUUUAAAAGCCUAAUGAAAAGAUCUGAAAAGAAAGCGAAGCAACUUUAAUCUGCAGGAGAACUAGCAUCUUGCUCUCUCUUCUCUGAGAUCUUUUGAAUCCGAUGGCUGCGAAAUAAAUUAAUCUCCACAGUUUAGGUUGAAGAUCAGCUGUGCUCAGGACCCUAUUGGCUCUUGGGUUCAGAUUCCAGACAUCAGUGUAAAUCUCUACUUGGACAGGUAUCUUGAUUCCCACUGCCCACCUUUGUGCUCCUAACGGUUCAUUCCUUCUAGAUUAAAUCCCAGGAACUCUUCAAUAACUGGGUGGCCAAGCUCUGCUCACACCGCCAAGUGCAGAAGUUGGAUGCCUCCCAAAGGCAGUACCUGACAAGUAGCCAUGGUGGAAGAGCCUCGCAUCCUACACAGGUGAGUUGGUGGGAGCGGUGGAGGGAAAGAACUUUUUGUGUUGCGCAAGAUGGAUGGGCAGGGACAUGCGCAUGGAAUGAUGGCGAGGUGAAUGGACAGAGGACUCCAGUGUCCCUCUUUGGUUCUUUCCCCCUAGUCACAUGCAGGAAGAAGAGGCUUGGGGCCUGGACUCCACUUGCCUUCUUAAUUGCACAUUCAUGACGGUUUGUGCACACGAUGGUAUCAGCGGGGUUACACGUAGAUCUUGCUUUCAGUGCUGUUUGUACCUGCAACAGUUUUGGGGCAGACGCACCACUUCAUUUCCAAUCAGUGCACAUCUCGUAACUUCCUGCUGAAAUCCUGUCGUUUUUCAAAUGAAAGGAAUGUUACAGCAGUCUUUUUUUGUGCCACUUUGGUUGUGCUACAGCGCAAGAGCUGCCCACUGGAGGGCAAUAAUGCUGUAUCAUUCUGGAAGGAUGCACUAUUUUUGCAUCAGUGGCAUAUUUUUUGGCAUAGACCUGCCAAAAAAACCCCCAAACCAGUCUGGAGGGGCCCUCACAUAGCUCUGGCAGGAAAGAGUUGCUUUAUAGGCCAAAGUUAAGCUUUGGUGGUUCCUGUGGAAAUGUUAAGUACAUCUAGCAAAUACAUUUGUAACGUUCAGCUGCUAAGUUGCGUCGGCUGCAUGUAUAACUGAAUUUGUACAUCUCCAGAUGUUGUUGUACAUCUCCAGCUUCCAAUCCUAGCUAGCCAUGCUGGUUGAGUCCAAUAACAUCUCAAAGGUUAUAGGUUCCCUACCCCUAGGAUGACCAGUAUACUAAAGAGCUGCGAGUUCUCCAACACCACUUUAUGUGGCUUUGUAAAAGAGUUUUAUAGUAUUGGCACUUAGCUGGUUUCACCUAGUGAUUUAUAGAGAAAAGGGUUGUUGAAAUCCUAAAAUGACUUUGCCUCUGCUGUUCAGCUUUGUGCCCAGGUCCCAGGGAGAGCUUCCUGGUGAACAAUAGGCUAAAAGCUCACAGCCGUGGCCUGCAAAAUGGACACGCCUCCCACAAUCCUUUGCUCUUAGCUUCCGUUCGGCCCCCAUCUUCUUGCCUCCUUCCUGCAGGCCUGCAGCUCACGGCACCGCAUUCUGAUGUCUGAGAGUGCUCCUGCCUUGUCUUCCCUGGCUGGCCCCCGAGACAAGGUGAAUUCUUGGCUGAGCGACAGCAAAGGCCUGGACAGGUGCUCAGCAGGUGAGAUGGGAUCUUCUUACCGCUUUCCCAGAACAAAUGCCCUUCCGCCUUCCACCAUUCCCAGCUCCCUCUCCUCUGCUCUUCUAAGCCAGCACUCUUUCUGAAGCACCGUCAAGCUUCUUGACGUCUGCAUUUGCUGCUGCUGGGGAACCCUUUCCUAUUCCAUUGAUCUCUCUCUCCUUCUAGCACCUUUCCAGUAAGAAGGCUUUUCCCUGGGGAGGGUCAGCAGAUCAGAAGUGGGCUAAGGAGUUGGAGGGGGGCGGGAAUCAGUGGCCGUUAUAAGCCAGAACGAAGGGGCAGCCUGUGGGUCAGAGAGUCUGUGCAUGCUGUAGUUCUUUGUGGGAAUUUGGCUUCCAAACUAUGCUCAAAGUGCAAGCCACCCACCCAAUGUCUCCACAGCAGGGGUCAGCAAACUUUUUUGGGAGGGGGCCGGUUCACCGUCCCCCAGACCUUGUGGUGGGCCGGACUGCAUGCACACACACACACGGCGGAGGGGGCUUCUCUCUCUCCCCCAGCCCCUCCCCUCCCCCUGCCUACCUAUGGUGCUGCCGGCGCAAGGGUGGGCUGGCUCCGGAGAGGCGCUGCCCAAAAUGGCGCUCAGCCAGCUCAUCCCAGUCCCCUUCCUCCUCUACAAAGUGCGGGGAGAAGCCUGGAGGAGGGAGGGAGGAGGCGCCGCGGUGUGUGAGAGGGAGAGGGGAAAUGGCUCCCCCAAAAAUGGCGGUGCAGAAAAAAAUGUAAUGAACAGAAUCCACACGAUCCACGGACCGCCCGCGGGCCGGAUCCUGAGGGCAAUUGGAUCAGAUCCGGCCCACAGACCGUAGUUUGCCGACCCCUGCUCUACAGUGCUGCCAUGAUAUAGUACGCACUUUCUUCCAAAUGCUUCCCGAUCAAAGAGCCAAUGUACUCAACAGACAGGAAGUCCCGCCUCCUGACUCCCUGGCCUGUUUCUGCCAUGUUAAAUCUGCAGACAUCGCCCAUGCGUGCUCUUUCCGAGUGCAAAAUUUUCACACGCGUAACGUUUGGUUUCUUUUUCCUCAGAACUCUCCGAAUGCCAGGGGAAACUUCAAGAGCUCAACCGGAUGCUGCAGAGUUUGGAGACCCUGCACCGCAUUCCAUCUGCUCCCCUCAUCUCCAAUAGUCAGGUAUGUAGAGCGGCGAUGGCAACAGAUCAUCCUCACCUGAGGCCCUUCUUUGUGUGCCUCCUCCACGAGAGGCCCAGAGGGUGGCAGCAUGAGAACGGGCCUUUUCUGCAGUGGCUCCCCACUUGUGGAAUGCUCCCCCCAGGGAAGCUCUCCUGGCGCCUUCAUUACAUAUCUUUAGGCGCCAGGCAAAGCAUUCCACUUCUCCCAGGCCUUCGGCUAUUUCAACAAUCUGUGGCCUUUUAAACUGUGUGCGUUUUUUAAUUGCUUUUGUUUGUUACCAUAUUAUGCAUUUUUGUUUUUUUAUAUUGUAAGCCGUCCUGUGGAAUAAUAGAAUUGUAGAUUCUGUUAUUUGGGUUGUUGGGUUGUUGUUUUUGUUUUGAUUAUUUAUUUUGUGGUUUUAUAUUUUGAUUUUCUUCUGUGAACUGCCCUGAGUCCUCCGGAUAUAGGGCGGAAUAAUAAUAAUAAUAAUAAUAAUAAUAAGAAUAAUAAGAAUAAGAUUUGUAAGGGAUCCCAAAGGUCAUCUAGCCCAACCCCCUACAGUGCAGUUGCCACUGGCUCUGGAGUUGCUUUCUUGCCAUUUCAGUCAUGUACCAACCAUGGGCUUUGAACGGAUUUGCAUGGUUAUGUACCCACUCUUACAAAUUGAGGAAUUCCUGCUUUGAGUUCUCUGACUCUGAAUAAACUUUCGAUGGCAGCUGUGGCAGGAGACUCUUUCUUGAUUUUUUACAGACCUCAGCGGGCACGGAGAGACCCAGGAAAGGGAAGAGAUCCACUCGCAUCUGGUGCACUCAGAGUUUUGCAAAAGACGACACGAUAGGCAGGGUGAGCUGGCUUGGAACUGGUGGUAUCUGUUCUGAUAUGGCAGUGAUGGCCAAACUUGGUCCUCCAGCUGUUUUGGGACUACAAUUCCCAUCAUCCCUGACCGCUGGCCCUGUUAGCUAGGGAUAAUGGGAUCUGUAGUCCUAAAAACAGCUGGAGGGCCAAGUUUGGCCAUCACUGGGAUAUGGGUUGUGUGAGAGGGUGUGUGUCUAGCUUAGAAAGUGGAGGGUGGCAUUUUGCAUUGUCUUGCUGUUAUUGAGAGAGCAAUGCUUUUCUGGGACAGAGGAGAAAGGCCUUUUAAGCAGUGCUUUUAAAAUGUUUAGGUGUACUCUCAUUUUGACUCAAGAAAAUCACCACUUUAUAGUUCAAAUUGGGGAAAACAAAUACAGUAAAUGGACAAAAGUACAGAGAUUUACAAAAUGUUUGGGGUAUGCAUCCCUGCAGGGGGAAAAAGCACUGCUUUUAAGUAAUAUGGAAGAGGAGAGGGUGCGAUGGGGGAAAUACUCUACUGAGUGUCUAAACGAGAAGUGUUUUGUCGCCUGCAGGUGGGGCGCCUGCACGGCUCUGUGCCCAACCUUUCGAGAUAUUUGGAAUCCUGUCAGAACCAAGCCAUCUUUAGCGUCCCUCCGGAAUACAGCCAGCUGCAGAGAAGUUUCUGGAUUUUAGCUCAGAAAGGUCAGCUUGUGGCAGGUGUUGGCUAUUGUUGUUCGCAACACUCAGGAAUGGCAGUCCUACUUUACCUAUAUUUGUUAUUUUUGUUGUGGGUGGAGAGGGAUGUGCUGAUUUCGAAGGUCAACAGAGAGCAGGAGCAGGAGAGAGAUUGGAAGGAAAGAUUGUUUUAUGGGCUUGUUCCUUUUUUGGGGGGGGUUAAUUCCCCCCAUUUCCACAACCUGUUCUUUGCCGCGAUAAAUCACAGUGUUGUGACUGAAUCAACCCAGAUUCUGUACAAAGGAAAGCUGGAUUUUGUGUCCUGCAUAAAUCGCAGAAAUGUUCUUGUUUUACAUGACUAGUUCAGCUUCUGCAGAACAAGGGGAGUGUAUCUAUGGGCUACUUUUAAUAUGAGGCUGCAUUUUAAAUUGCAUUUUAACCUGUAUUUUAAAUUGGUUUUUUUCUUUUCCUAUUAUGCUUUUACUGUAAUUUUACUGGUGUUAGCCGCCCUGAGCCCGGCUCUGGCCGGGGAGGGCGGGGUAUAAAUAAAAUUUAUUAUUAUUAUAUAAACAUAUAUAUAUACACACACGCCUUGUUUGCCAAUUCUGCUCACACACUUCGCUCCACUUCUUGAGUUUUCAUUGGGUUAUAAACAUUUGUUUUCAAAUUGGUCAAGGUGGCCUUAAGGGCUAGAAACUGGAGCUCCUUCCUUUAAAAACAAAAGUUGAUCAUUCCAAGGAUUCCGGAGUCCUCACCGAAUGCUCGGUUCCUUAUGAAUGAUGGGAUCUGCUUUGCCAUUUGCUUUCCUCCUUUGCCAGUUCAUGGCUCCCUCAGCAGCGUGCUGGCCGUGCUAACGGUGGAGCGAGACCGUCUCCAAGAACUGCAGCGGACGCUCGAUCUGCAACGCUCCACUAUGUCUUCCGCCCAGGGUGGUCGUGGGGGUGGCAUCGGCAUGGCAGCAGCCGGGGUAAGGCUCCUCCCACUGUCCUCUGGCAGGCUCGCCAAUUGCUGGUUUUGAAACUUUGCUGGUAUAGAAUUAUUACUACUUUUUUAAAAAAAAGUUAGAUGCUUAUACCAAAAAAAACAGCAACCCAACAUAUGCAGAAUACUGCAGCAUUGGCACAGAAUAGCUCAAUCAGUGUACAGUACCGUAUUUUUUGCUCCAUAAGACACACUUUUUCCCUCCUAAAAAGUAAGGGGAAAUGUGUGUGUGUUUUAUGGAGCGAAUGCAGGCGGGAAAAGCCACACUCUGCAUGGCUCUUGCGGGCUUUUCUACGAGGUGGGAGAAGGGCAGCCUGUCACUGUCCUUCUCCCACCUCGUAGAAAAGCCCCCAAGAGCCGCGCUCCCUUUCACGAGCCACGUGGAGCGUGUGUGCAGCUCUUGGGGGCUUUUCUCCCUCCUGGGGAAAAGCCUGCAAGUGCCACACACACGCUUCACACGGCUCGUGAAAGGGAGCGCUGAGCAGAGCCUGGGAUGCAUACAGACUCUGCUCAACACUCCCUUUAAAAAUAUUUUUUCCCUUGCAUUCCCCCUCUGAAAACUAGGUGCGUCUUAUGGAGAGAAAAAUACGGAAUGUAUAUAAAGUCAAGAGCAUGAACUUAAUUUCAGGCAGGUAAAGGGAGUCUGACUGGCUCUGCCUCCACUUCUUCAGGUGGCUUUGGGCACCAUCCCCCCCCCCCAGCCCUUCUUGGGGAAUGCAAACCUUGACCAAAAGAAGUUUUCCAUCUUUGAUUUAAGUAUAUGCCCAAGUCAUAGAGAAUAUGGGGCUCCACAGAUGUCUGUUUUUGGUUGUGCAUUCAUGAUGUAUUUGGGCUCACGAUGGUAUUGAGGCAGGUAUAAGCGGUCCCGUUUUCAGUGCUCCUGCGAAUGUUUUGGGGCAGGCAUACUGCUUUUGUUUCCAGUCGGUGCAUGCCAAAGCCCUGUCAAAUAGUGCACCACAAACAUGCCACUUAAUUUAUUUAAUUUUUGCCUCACCUUUGUUGCGCUAUAUUGCAAGAGCAGGUGGUGCUGUGGGUUAAACCACAGAGCCUAGGACUUGCCGAUCAGAAGGUCGGCGGUUCGAAUCCCCGCGACGGGGUGAGCUCCCGUUGCUCGGUCCCUGCUCCUGCCCACCUAGCAGUUCGAAAGCACGUCAAAGUGCAAGUAGAUAAGUAGGCAUUGCUCCAGCGGGAAGGUAAACGACGUUUCUGUGUUCUGCUCUGGUUUGCCAGAAGCGGCUUAGUCAUGCUGGCCACAUGACCCGGAAGCUGUACGCCGGCUCCCUCGGCCAAUAAAGUGAGAUGAGCGCCGCAACCCCAGAGUCGGUCACGACUGGACCUAAUGGUCAGGGGUCCUAUUGCAUAUGUGCCCUUCCAAAUGACAAUGAUGUGAUAAAAUUUGCGUCCCCCAAAUGCCUCCGUGGAGCCUGUGUAAGCCCCACCCCUGUUCUGCCUCCUUCCAGGUCCAAAAAGACCCACGCAUCGGCGAUUGCACAUCAAUAGGAUGCACCUAAAAUGGUCGCCACCUGUAGAUAACAGAUAAUAAUUUACUGUUAUUGCAUCAAUGACAUGUUGCAGGAUACACCCCCAAAACCAACAAACCCCAGUUUGGAGGGGUUCCGUAUCUUUCUGGUGGUUUUGAGCGCUGGUACCUCAUGUUUGAGAAAUUUAAGCAUUGCCUGGUCUAUGAUGCUCUACAGGGCAAUUUCUUUAUCUACAUUUCGCGGCCCUCUCUAAAUUCCUCCUUUCCCCUUCCUGGCUUCUCUGCAGACCCUGGACAAUAUGGAAUGUAUACGCCGUUUCCAUUCUCUCUCCAUCUCCUCGGACACAACCCUGGACUCUUUUGCCUCAUUUAACCCUGAUGAGGUAAACUGUCCUUUUCUUUACAGCGGAGAAAAUGUGUGCCGCUACAUGCUAGCUGGGGCUGAUAGGAGUCUUAGUCCAAAACGACUGGAGGGCACCAGGUUGGCAAAGUCUGCUGCAAGCUCUUAACCUGAUCAGAGAGUAUUGCAGAGAGCUCCAAGCAGGCAAACCCAGAGAUGAACUAAGCAGCCAUAUUCCAUCCUGUUUUGAGUUUCACUAGUGGUCGGUCAUAGAUCUGUUCCGUCGUGUUGCGUGUAAGUUUUCGGAAAGAAAAAAAAGCCUGCAUUUAAAUUGUAUGCAAUUCGUGUGGAGAUGAGCCUUUGUAGUCCAAUUUGGAAUCAAGUUCAGGAGUGAUGGAUUGGGCUGAUCCACUGCAAAAUAAACAGACCAGACAAACUCCUGAGUCCCUAAGGCAGGCUGAUCCCUUCCAAACCACUAAAAGCGGUUACUUUUAUUACUUAAUUACUUACACAGGUUGUGACUCUGGCCAUUAGGCUGGAUGUUAGAUUUUUAAAAAGGACUAUAGAGAGAUUCAUGGGAGGUAAGGGAGGUGAGGUUCAUCCACAGCUAUUGGCCGUGAUACUUUCAGGUUAAGGGAUGUGGGUGGCGCUGUGGUCUAAACCACUGAGCCUCUUGGGCUUGCCGAUCAGAAGGUUGGCGGUUCGAAUCCCUGUGACAGGGUGAGCUCCUGUUGCUCUGUCCCAGCUCCUGCCAACCUAGCAGUUCGAAAGCACGCCAGUGCAAGUAGAUAAGUAGGUUCUGCUGUGGCGGGAAGGUAAAUGUUUCCGUGUGCUCUGGUUUCCGUCAUGGUGUCCCGUUGCUCCAGAAGCGGCUUAGUCUUGCUGGCCACAUGACCCCAAAAGCUGUCUAUGGACAAACGCCGGCUCCCUCGGCCUGAAAGCGAGAUGAGCGCCGCAACCCCAUAGUCACCUUUGACUGGAUCUCUUGGCGACAUUUUUUUUCUUUCUCUGCCCUCUAGCCGGAUGCCCUGUUGGUUAAAGGUCAGGAGCAGCAGCUCUCCAAUCGCAGCAUCGUAUCUCUCUCCGACUCGCACACGGAGUUCUUCGAUGCCUGCGAGGUUUUCCUGUCGGCCAGCUCAUCUGAGAACGAGGUUGGUGGAUGUAGCCAUUUAUGGGGGGGAGUCUUUAAAACAGGAAUCUGUGGCCCACUAGUUGUUCCCGGGCUACAGCUUCCAUCAUCUGGAGGUACACGGGUUCCCCAUAUAAGUAAACAAAAUGAUUGUGGUAACUGAGAGCAAAUGGUCGAAACCCAGCAUUUAUGGCGACACACAUCAACAGGUGAAAUUAUAGCUGAUCCCAGCAUAAUCUUCCCUGCUGCAGAUUAAUUGCAAGGUGUUCUUACAGGCCGUUAGGAGAGAGUGGUUGUUUCAGUAGAAAACCCACCCUUUAGCGCUCAAUCAGAGCAAACGUCAAUUCGGGGUUUCCGCAGAUGGACGUUUGCUCUGGUUGGGAGCUAAAGAGUGGGUUUUUGCAGGGAAAGCUCUGGAGCAUGAAAAAUGCUUAGACACAGAGCUUUAAAGAGCAGGCUGCGCCUGGAAAAAGUGAAGGAAAGGUAAGUGUGAAUAAGGUCAGUGUCUCUACCUGCUGAUGCCUGCAAAAACAACCAGCAACCUUUAAAUAGGGCUUCCAGCUUCCUGCUGUGGGAAAUGGCUGCCUCCCACAAUAAUUCAGAUUGUAAUUUGAUUUUUGUGUGUGCUUUUUUCCUUGAUUUGGAUUAUGAUUGGAUUGGAUUUGUUUUUAAUGGAAAACUAAUAAAAAUAUUUUAAAAAAGAAAGAAAAAAUAACCAGCAACCACAAGAAAAUGCACAAUAAUGUUGCCCAGUUAACUUCCUGCACAUCUGAGCUCAUAUUCUUAUAAACAACUGUUGGUGAGUGAUUCAUUUUUUAAAAGAUAGGCCUUGGCAGGAUUUCUUUUUAAAAAAGCAGUGGGAAUGGUAAAUAAAUUGGAUUUAGAUUUUAAUCUAGCUUUUCAGGGUAUGAUCUUGUGUCACACGCUCCAUAUCUGUGUCUUCACUGUCGUCUUUUUUUCUCUCUCUCUCAUCCUUUUGUGAAUUAGCCAGCAGCAAAGCCACUCCCCCCCGCCUAGCAGCUGCUGUCCCCCCCAAUCCCCCCCAGUGGCCUAUUCCCACCCCAGCUCCUCAUAUACACCUGCCCAGAUCUUUUAUGUUCAGUCUCUUUCUCUUCGCUCCCUCUUCCUACUAGAAGGUCCAGGCUUAGUCCAGUUCUACAAUGUGUUCUCUUAGGCCUCUCCUCCUCCUUUUCUACCACCUUUUCUCUUUCGGACACAACUCUAGGUUCCUGCUUCAAAUUGAGAGACUCAGGAGCACUAUGGUAUUGAAUUUCACAACCCCCUGCUUGCAUGCAGCUCUUCCCAUGAGUCUUGAAGGCAUCUGAGGAGAUGGCUGGGCUUUUCCAACUUGCUAUUCCUUUGAUGUCCACGGCCUCAACUCGUGACUUCUUCUUUCGAUUGCUUCGAAGAGUUCUGUGUCACAGUCCUUACUGUCUCUGCAAUGUGGAGAAUCCUGUGAAAUCUUUCUCUCUUCUUUGUCCUCUGUCUCUCCUUCUAUCCUACACUUCAUGGGAGAAGCAGUCUUCCCACAUAUCCUCUCUGGCUUCCAGGUUCAGUCAUUUUGCUGGGGAUGAAUUUCAGGGUCAAAUUUUCGCUAUAGGGCCAAAAGGCUCUGGGACUUCCCAGCAGCCUCUCCCUUUAAAGUGAAGAACCUUUGUUCCUCCAGGUGUUUCUGGACUACAAUUCCCAUCAGCCCCCAUCAAGCAUGGGAUGAUGGGAGUUGUAGUACAGCAACAUCUGGAGGGACAAAGGCUCACCACUCCUGCUUUGAAACUUGAUUGGGAAGGAGAAUGGAGAUUGCGCUGACUAAAUCUGUGCUGUCAGUCCACCCUGACGCCAUUUUCCAAAAGCAUCCCUGUUGGAUUUUUGCUGGGCCUUUUUAUAUAAGAUCUGCCUCCGUCCACCUUGCCCACACAGGAAAGUUGCAUUGGAUUCCAUGCCCCUUGCCUAAGUCCUAGCCUUUUGUCCUGCCUCUGAUUCCAUUUAAACACAACACAGCCACCACCUCCUCUUCCCCGUCAUUCCUCUUUCCUGGCAAGCCCACCACUUCCCUUGGCCUGUGUAACCUCUGUUGCUCCUCCAGGCCACAGACGACGAGUCCUGCAUCAGCGAGGUGACUAACAGCAUCUUGGAGGAAGCCACAGACAUGGCGGGAGGACCAGGGCGUUGUCUCAAAGGUACUUGUUCCAGGAGGUGAUCAGGGUGUGUGUACUUGCAGAGGAGGAGCUACAGAACAGAGCUGCUACUAGGGGAGGGGAUAAAUCAGGGGCAGGGAACCUGUGGACGACAACUCCCAUCAUCCUCGACAAAUGUCCUUGCUCGUUGGGGCUGAUGGGAGUUGUAGGCGAACAACAUCUGGAGGGCACUAAAGAGCAAGGAGAUGGAGGUAAUCCAUCCUUUUUAUAAAUGUCGCCUGCCGUCCUUAAGUGUAUGCCGACCUCCCAGAGUACUAUACAAAAUAGUAAUAGUACAAGAGUUGGAAUAGGCACCAAGGGGGGGAAAAACCAUUCACAUAACACAUGACUGACAUUUUGGGUUUCACUUCCACAGGGCUGUCGAGAGCAACAUUCCUAGGGGAUAACUGGGAGCAGGGUGGGGCUGAUGCUAGAAUUGAGUGCAGCCAGAGCUGAAAGUGGGUGGGGACCCCUUUUCUCCCCCUGCCCCAGCCUCAUUUAUUGCUUUCUUUUUCUCAGCCACCACUUUCUCUCUCCCUCCCUCUUCCUCCACACCCCGUGGGCUGCUAAGGGUGGGUGGGGAGAGCACACAGAUCCCUCUUGCCUGAGUGAUCUGAUCACUAGCAGAGGGGGCUUCCUCCCCCCCCACUCUCCCCCCAUCUCUUUCCCCAUCUCUCCCCCCAUUUUGACUCUCCCUUCCUAGCACCCUAAUUUGUCUCCAUCUUGCCUUCCUCCUUCCCUGUCAUGCACCUUCCCACUGUCAUGAAGCGAGUCAGGGGGCUGCAAGCUUCCCACUCCUGCACUAUCACAAGGUGUGCCGUUAGCUGCUAGGUUAAGUAAAGGUAAAGGGACCCCUGACCACUAGGUCCAGUCGUGACUGACUCUGGGGUUGCGGCACUCAUCUCGCUUUAUUGGUCGAGAGAGCCAGUGUACAGCUUCCGGGUCAUGUGGCCAGCAUGACUAAGCCGCUUCUGGCAAACCAGAGCAGUGCACGGAAACGUCAUUUACCUUCCCGCCAGAGCGGUACCUAUUUAUCUACUUGCACUUUGACGUGCUUUCGAACUGCUAGGUUGGCAGGAGCAGGGACCGAGCAACAGGAGCUCACCCCGUCAUGGGGAUUUGAACCACCAACCUUCUGAUUGGCAAAUCCUAGGCUCUGUGGUUUAACCCACAGCGCCACCCGCGUCCCUUAGCUGCUAGGUUAGAUGGCUUUAAAAGCGAAAGAACAAACCCUUGGAGGAUGUGUGUGUGUGUGUGUGUGUGUGUGUGUGUGUGUGUGUGUCUAUCCCUAACUGUUAUCCACUUUGUGGAGCUUUCAUAUUCAGAGCCACUAUACUUCUGAAUAUCAGAAGCUGGCAUUCAGCACAGCAAGGAAAAAGUAUUGCAUCCUAUUCUUCCUGUGACCUUCAUAGAAGCAUCUGACUGACCGCUGCUGGAAACAAAAUGCUAGACAUUUAACAUUUUAAAUUUUUUUAUUUAUCUUAGCAGCAACAUCUAGUUCAAUAACACAACAGUAAAGAAAGACAAUGCAAUUGAAUUCAAAUUAAACACGCAGAAAUACAAAUUUGGGUCAUGUAGUUCACAAGGGCUCUUUGUGCGGAAAUUGUGUAUAAAAUGGGCCGUGUUUGGCUUCUUUGCAGGGAGUGGGGAGCGGCCCUCAGAGUUUGGGGCUGUGCUUCUUGUAACACAGAAGCCUCAUACACCCACGUCGUGGGCAAACUAGACAGAGAGGAAAUAUCUAAAAGUCCCUGCCUGGAGGAGACUGAUUUCUGGCUCCUAAUCUCAAAUGCGCAGGAAGAGGUGGUAGAAGCACCGCGAUGAGUCAGACAAGGAGGAGGCAAGCUCUUUGUCACGAAUCACUGCAGAGACAAAACUGGGUUUUUGAAUUCAGGUUUGCAAAACAGGGUGUUUCCUGGCUCUGAGGCGAUGAAAUGUCCCGAAGCAGGGGUUUCGUAUUCCGAAGAGCGACAACAGUAAAUAUGUUUCUUCAGCCAUCACCGGGUUUUGCCUCUCAGUUUCACAGCCAGGCGUAGGGUCUCUUUUAAGACCUGACAGGAACUGCUUCUGUCCCUCCCUACAGGCCCAGGCGCCAUUCCCUGUGUUGGGGACACCUCUGAGAUGAGCCUCAGCCUGCCAGUGCCUCUUCCUUUGUACCUCCCUGGGCCGGGUCCCGGGAUCAUCCGACGGAACUGCCUCCCGGCCUCCCACGUCCACGCCAGCGACGUCAGCGUCUGGAACAUCCUCCGCAACAACAUCGGCAAGGAUCUCUCCAAGGUCUCCAUGCCGGUUCAGCUGAACGAGCCCCUCAACACGCUGCAGCGCCUCUGCGAAGAACUUGAGUACAGUGCCCUGCUGGAUGCGGCCAGCCGCAACCUGGACCCCUGUGAAAGAUUGGUAUAUGGCCUCGCCCUCUUUAUUUCCUUAACCAGGCCGCCAUCUUGGAACAGGGGUUGUGUUGGUCAGGCGAGAAGGUCAUCCGUGUGUAUCCCCUGGGGAACCAGCUCUUGGUGGGGAAAAAGAGAAUUGGAGGUCACAUUCCAGGCAGGCCAAAUAUAAAAGGCUUCAAGGCAGGCGCAAAUUGGGGGCAGCGACAGGUGUGGCCCAGGGAGAGUCCUGAGGGCCAGAUCGAAGGCCUACAUUUGGCCUCUUUCAUCCCUUUGGUCUGAAUCUUCUUACUUGUCCUGAGAUUGAACCCACCCCCUUUGGAAAGGCAAAGUCUGCAAUAAGAUUGGCAGAACAUUGUCGUCCUUUCCCUUUUGGGGGGGGGGACGACUUUAUUUAUUUAUUUAUUUUAGGCAAAGUAAUAAUCAUAAAUAAAUAAGAAUAAAAAUGUGCACGCCACCACCAAGACCUUUCCAUUGUAACUAUCCAACCUCCCAAAAUUUCAACACAUCUUGCAAUGGUUUGACCCCUUUACGUUGUAACAGUACAAAUCCUACAAACACCUUCCACAUCUCCUCGAAAUAAUUUCUCCUGCAUAUUUGCCGUCUUACGGCACACACCUCUCUAUACCACCCUUCCAUUUUAUAUUCUGCUUGCCCCUUCCUAGCUAUCAUAAUUCACGCAGCUGUCGAUAAAUUUGUGAGCAAGUUCCUUCAUAGUCUGUGAACCUUCUACACCAUUGUAAAUUGAUAAUAACGCUACUACCUCUGGAUUUUCGGUCAGCUUUAAACCCAGUGAUCGUCCUUUCCCUUGGCCUUUACAAUCGCAGUACUUUCUCAGCUGGUUAUGUGUUGUCCCCCACUCCCACCUUUCUCUUCCCCUAAUAUUUAUCUCCCUUCCCUUCCCAUAGAUCUGCAUGGCUGCCUUCGCUGUAUCGGCUUAUGCCUCAACGUACUACCGUGCCGGCAGCAAGCCAUUCAACCCCGUGCUUGGAGAAACGUAUGAGUGCAUCCGGCCAGACAAGGGCUUUCGUUUCAUAAGUGAACAGGUAAGGAGCUGGAGAGAGCAGAGGGAGGGGGGCAGGCAGGCAGGCAGGCAGGGCAGUCGAGAAAGGGGAGCACUCAUCCACCAAGCAAUAUGGCAGGUGCCUCAGGCUUACAGGUCCAGAGGGGUUGGGCGGGUGUUUCUCACGGAGUAGCGAAAGGGAUCAGGACUUUGCUUUUUUAGCUUAGGAAGGAAGGAGAGGAUGAAUGGUGCUGAGAGAGGGGCAUGGGUGGGACAAAAGUAAAUUAGGACUCCUCCACACUCCUGCUUGUCCCCAGGGAAAACCCGCCAAAUCAGAGCAAAUGUCAAUUGAGUUUUAUCCAGAUUGACGUUGGCUCCGAUUUAGCGCCGAAGAAUGUGUUUUCCAAGGGAAAGUGGCUGGGGGAAAGGCAAACUGUUCAGGCCCAUGUCUAGAAGGAACAAGAGAAGUGGGAAACAGAUGGGACCCCUGCUUUCUAGACAUGGGGCAAGUGGAAGUGUGGACCAAGCCCUUUGUAUCCUGGCGCUGACUCAGACUUGAAGACUUGGGGCUCCAUCUUGGGCUGAGGUCCCUCAGAGGUCCUCAGUAGACAGUGCUGCCUAGUGGGCAGAGGCCACGGAGAAGGAAGGGCGAGGGCAGAAAAUGCCACUUGGAAUAAUCAUGGCACCAUAUGGGGUGCUGUGUUAUUUCUGUUCUUGACACCAAACUGGGAUGUGAUCUUUUAUUUUGAGGAUAUUUUGUGAGCAUCUUUGAUAGCCACUUGGGGCUAUCCGGAAGGCACGCGGGUGGCACUGUGGGUAAAACCUCAGCGCCUAGGACUUGCCGAUCGCAUGGUCAGCGGUUCGAAUCCCCGCGGCGGGGUGCGCUCCCGUCGUUCGGUCCCAGCGCCUGCCAACCUAGCAGUUCAAAAGCACCUCCGGUUGCAAGUAGAUAAAUAGGGACCGCUUACCAGCAGUCAGGUAAACGGCGUUCCGUGUGUUGCGCUGGCUCGCCAGAUGCAGCUUGUCACGCUGGCCACGUGACCCGGAAGUGUCUGCGGACAGCGCUGGCUCCCGGCCUAUAGAGUGAGAUGAGCGCACAACCCUAGAAUCUGGCAAGACUGGCCCGUACGGGCAGGGGUACCUUUACCUUUACCUUUACCUGGGGCUAUCAGGAGUUGAAAUAAAACCUACAGAGAGAUUGUGGUUUCCAUCGGCAGCAGUUCACUGGGCCCAGGAUUUUUCAAUUGAAUUUUUAUUUGCCAGGCACUUCCUUCAAGGAACAUACAAGUGCCCACCCCGUUUUUAUCCUCAUAAGAAUCCUGUGAGGUAACUUAUGCCAGGUGUUUAGGCCCACCUAAGGCCUAAGGCUGCAUACAUAUUACCAGCUUAAAACGCAGCUAGUUUUUUCUUUCUUCCUCAAUUUAGAUCCACGCUGGUUUGGGGGCGGAGGGCGGGAAUGCAUCCUAAUGCAGAAUUUCCUCAGAAACUCAAGGAUAGAUAUGGAUUGUGGCUAUCAUCGUGUGUACAGUCCUUAAACCUACGAUGGGAGCACAUUGGAUGCAGAGUAUACAGGUGUGGGUACACAAAUUAAAUCUGUUGCUCUGGAUGUUUAAUGUGCAAUCCAGAGAACAUUUGUAUUCCUUAAAUCCUGUUAAACCACAAACCCCAAUUUAAGAGUGCUGUCAUGACCUGAAUUUCCGCCAAUUUCUCUGAAAUUUAAGUGGGCAGAAAGAAAGAAAAAACAGUUCCUUUUUUUGGAAAUGGCACACUUUUUGAAGUUGCCCACCCCUGAAACGCGGAUGGCUUAUUAUCUUCCUCCUGCCCCCCCCCAAACUGCAGGUCUGCCACCAUCCUCCUGUUUCGGCUUGCCACGCAGAGUCUGACAACUUCGUAUUCUGGCAAGGUGAGGCUUCAAGGUAAAAGCAAAUACAUGCCUGGAAGGAGUGUGCAGGGGAAAAAGAAAAUAGCACCCAGGAGCUCUCUUUGGGGGUGGGGAGAAAGUGUGUGCUUUGUUUAUUGGGUCAAAAAGACCAUUCCAGGUUGUCAACAGAGUUCCGUCCCAAAUCAGAUUUUAAAACAUUUGGGGGGGUCAGCUCUUGAACAUGAAAGAGUGUUUUCUGAGCAUGUGUCCCUUCCUCACUGAUAAACAAAAGCAUGUGUGGGGAACCUGUGACCCUCCUUAUUUUGCUGAACUACAUCUUGGCCCUGCUUAAUAGGGGAUUAUGGCUGUUGUAGUUCAGGAAGAUCUGGAGGGCUGAAGGUUCCCCACACAUGGACUCAAGCAAAAACCUCUUUGCAUUUGACAAUAGGAGGCCAGGAUGGGCUCUGUCAGAAAAGUCAACUUGCAGAUACCAUUGGCCAUAGCAUUGGAUUCUCUUUCUUUCUUUCUUUCUUUCUUUCUUUCUUUCUUUCUUUCUUUCUCUCUCUCUCUCUCUCUCUCUCUCUCUCUCUCUCUCUCCCCCUUAGAACAGUGUUUCCCAAACUUGGGUGUCCAUCUGUUUUCGGACUACAUCUCCCAUCAUCCAUAGCUAGCAGGACCAGUGGUCGAGGAUGAUGGGAAUUGUAGUUCAAAAAAAGCUGGAGACCCAAGUUUGGGAAACACUGUCCUAGAAGAAUGCCUUUAGAGUAGGCUCAUAAUCUGUGCUGCAGUCACCACCCCACUUCACAAUUUGGUUUACCUCCCAAAGACAUAAUUAGUGUGACCUCACUUUUCAUAUUUCUCUCUCUCUCUCUAUCCCCCCCCCCCAAUAUUUUGUUUUGCUUAGACAUGAAGUGGAAAAAUAAAUUCUGGGGCAAAUCCUUGGAGAUAAUCCCCGUGGGUACAGUGAACGUCCAGCUUCCCAGGUGAGUCGCCCAUCCUGUUUCCUGCCCCUUUGAUCCUUGGUGGAUUUCCCACCCACCUCCAGACCCUGGAUCCCCCUUUCUUUCUUUCUACCAACGAAAGGUUUGGGGAUCACUACGAAUGGAACAAGGUGACUUCCUGCAUCCACAAUAUCUUGAGUGGGCAGCGCUGGAUCGAGCACUACGGCGAGGUGCUGAUCCGGAACACGAGAGACAGCACCUACCACUGCAAGAUCACCUUCUGCAAGGUAGGUUCUGACCCCGGACUGUUUUGUCUGCGUUCUUCCCUCACCCCCCUGCUCCUUCUGAUCUGUGCUUGCCCCUUCCUCUGGUACCUUCAAUCAAAUCCCACCCAUCUUGGCUCUGAACCCAGCCUCUGGCAUCUGAAUUUGAACAUUCAAAGCUGUGAUAUACUGAGUCAGGCACUCUUGCCCAUCCCAGCUCAGUCUUGUCUACAUAUGGACUGGCAAUGACUUCAUGGGGUUUGGGGCGUUGGUCUUUCUCAGCCAAACCUGGAGAUACCCAGGAUUGAACAUGGGCCACAGAGCUGCAGCCCUGCCCUCUGGUGCCUCUCCCUCUAUCCUGGCACAUCUUGUGGGUUCUUCCCCUUGGACUGCCUCACCCUUGCUGCACAGUGUCUUCAUUCUGCACUCCUCACUCCAUCUUUUUUGAGCUUUCAGUCUCUUUCCCCCUUCUCUCCCCGCCCCGUUACUGGAGAUUCUUCACUCUGCGGCAGCAUUCAGAGAUCACUUUAAACCUUGGUUAACCUUAACCAUGGUUUAAAGAUGAAGAAGCAGCUUGAUGGUGCAUAUGGCAAAGAUAACAGCUGCUUUACUCCUUCUGCUGCCACGUUGCUGAGAUUUAACCUAUGGUUUGGCUUAGCAUUAGGUUUGAACCGGGGCUUCUGGUUUGUUUCCUCCAAACAAACCGUGAGCAGUAAACUAAAUAAGAAAACCUUGGUUGUUUGAAGAGAAACAAACCAUGAUUCCAGGUUUGUAAGUGAUGCUAAUCCAAACCAUAGCCUGGCUCUUAGCACUGCAGAAGCAGGGAAGGUGUAAAGUGGCCGCGAUUUGCAUCUAUGCAUCAGAAUGCUGCAUGUUCCACCUUUAAACCAUGGUUAAGCUUAACUAUGGGACACGGGUGGCGCUGUGGGUUAAACCACUGAGCCUAGGGCUUGCCAAUCAGAAGGUCGGCGGUUCAAAUCCCCGCAGUGGGGUGAGCUCCCGUUGCUCAGUCCCUGCUCCUGCCAACCUAGCAGUUUGAAAGCACAUCAAAGUGCAAGUAGAUAAAUAGGUACCGCUCCGGCGGGAAGGUAAACGCCGUUUCCGUGUGCUGCUCUGGUUCGCCAGAAGUGGCUUAAUCAUGCUGGUCACAUGACCCUGAAGCUGUACGCCGGCUCCCCCGGCCAAUAAAGCGAGAAGAGCACCGCAACCCCAGAGUCGGUCACGACUGGACCUAAUGAUCAGGGGGUCCCUUUACCUUUACCUAAGCUUAACUAUGGUUUAAAGUGCAAACCAGGCCUGUGUCUCUCUAACCAUCCUGAAAUUCCCCUCCCUGCUCUGGAGCCCUUUUAAUUCUUACACCAAUGCCUGACCCCUAAAUUGAUUCCCUCCCUUUUACUCCCAGGUUUCUCCCUGCCCUCCCACCCUUCAAUCUCUCCUUCCAGCCCUAUUCAUCACACCCUGUUCCUGCCUGCAUUGACACCUGAUUGUGUGGAGCCCUCCUCCCUGCUCUAACCGCACCCUCCCCUCUCUGGCAGGCGCGGUACUGGGGUUCCGGGGUCAACGAGGUGCAGGGCGCCAUUUUCAGCCAUAGCGGCAAGGUUAUCCACCGGCUCUUCGGGAAGUGGCACGACGGGUUGUAUCGCGGCGUGGCCCCUGUCGGCAAGUGCAUCUGGAGGCCCAGUAAGGAACUGCUUGCACCGGGGCAAUGGGGGAAAUUGGCAGUUACUGGUGCUCCUGUAGGUCUUGCCCCACAAGGGUUGAUGAGUCCGUUCUGAAAUGCUACAGUCCCAAGAAUGCAACAAUUCCACAAUUCUUUGUGGAAACUCGCGGAACCUGGAUUUCCAAUGCGGGUGGUGUUUGGUCUUAGUUUGAAACCAGAGAUCAAAUUUAUCAAUUUUCUAGCUAUUGUUGCUGAAGCUCGGAAGUACAUGUAAAUAUGGCUUCUAAAGGUGUGGAAGCUGUGGGAGGGAUUGUUGCUGGGUAGGGUCCAAGUAGCCCAAGGCUGCCCUACCGUGAAGCAGACAUCUUUGGCGACAUAAUUUGGGGGCCGUUAAGGAUAGCCAGCUGAUCUGACCCAUGGAGCGCAAAUCACUAAGGUGUUCUCCUGGGGAAGCCCUAUUGAAAGGAAUGGAAACUGUGCAAGAGCCACCAUCAAAUGGAUCCUUAUCGUGUAUAGCAUUCUUCCAUGCAUCUGUUAAUCUGUUUGCCCAUCUUUUCCUGAACCACUUUUGCCGUCUGAGUGGGAGUGAUAGCCUGGAAUCUGAGGAGGUGAGGAAAGUAAUAGACUUUGUUGGGGGACCUUUCCUUUGAGCUCCCAGUUCCUUAACACCCACAUCUCAUAAGAACUGCAUAGGAAUCAAUGAAUAGCAAUUAUUGCAUUGGUCCAUAACAGAAAGGAACUGCAAGAAAGAAGUCUUCCUGUUCUUCUGGGAAGCAUAGAAUCCUUUGUGACAUCAGCAGCCGUUGUCCUAAUCCCCUCCCUCACCUCAGACCUGUUUGCUUGUCUAGCAACCAACAUACCCCAUUCUAAGGAAACAGGAAAGCUUGCCUUGCUUAACGUGCCUGGAACGUUCGAGGAUGAAUGUGGGAACAUAAAUAUGCAACAGACCAGGGCAGCUAUUGUCUGGAAACAGAGCUAUGUGAUAGUGCAUGACUUUGAGAACGUGGGAUACAACCUUUGAGGCAGGCAGAAAAUAAAAACAAACUCUUUUCGACUAACUCUGGGCCACAAAGCAACAAAGCAAACAAUAGUGAAAAGGGUGCUUAUUCUGGCAAGAAGAACCUUUUGGGCAGGCCUAUGUAAAUUCAGCAACCGGUCCCCACUCUCAUCUCAGGCCACUUUGCAUGACCAGCAACCAAUACAAUCCACAGCUUUUGAGAGAUUUAGGUAGGAUCAACCUGUCAGAGUAAGUGGGUGGUGGGCACCUGAUCUUCUGAAAUCUUUCUCUCUCUGCCUUUGUCUCCCCUGCCACUUCCAGACCCCAUGCCUCGAGACUUCGAGAAGAACUAUGGUUUCACUCAGUUUGCCUUGGAGCUCAACGAGUUAACGCCGGAGCUCAAGCGUCUCCUUCCCUCCACAGAUACGCGCCUGAGGCCUGACCAAAGGUGAGGGCAGGAAAGCCAUUGGGGACUGUCUUUUCCUCUUUUGUUUCAGAUAGCCUACUUUUCUGCUGGUAAGGUGUUCAAGGCAGCUUCUGUUCAUAGAAAUCCCCGUUUUUGCAGCAUCCAUGCUAAAGCUGAUAUACACAAAAAUUAGGGAAAUGAGCGAACAUAAAAAACGCAAGGCCAUCGUAAGCUUUCCUGCAUAUCCUGGCUGCCAUUUACACCCCAUAGACGUGCACACACAAAUUUUUGAUAUGAAAAGGAAAUGAAUAUGACUGGGUUUGGCGCCCUUCUCCUCCCCACUUCUCCAGGUACCUAGAAGAGGGAAAUGUGCAGGCCGCAGAGUCGCAGAAGCGGCGAAUCGAGCAGUUGCAGCGAGACCGGCGUCGGGUGAUGGAGGACAACAACAUUCUUCAUCAGGCGCGCUUCUUCAGGUGCUUCCUCCUUUGCUUCCUGUUGUUUCUUCCUCCGUGGAGCCUAUGGCCAGGUUUUUACAUAAACGCCAACCCAUGGUUCAUGUAAGCUGUGGUUUAUUUAGCAAACCAGGAGUUAACCAUGGUUGGUGAAGCAAAGUGUCCUGUUGUGAGGAGGUGGAACUCGAGUCUCCUUGCCAUUUAUAGAAGCAGAGCAGAGGAUGCAAAAUUAAAAUUAAACAUGUAGUCUUCCUUGAUUUGCAUCUAUAUACAGAUUGCGGGAUUCAUCCUUUUUUGGUACAUGUUUCUUACUUAUUUUUGUAAGCAUAUAGACUACACACACUCACCAUAGGUUGCAUCCCUUCAACAACCUAGUUCCCUGCUUCCGAGGGGUGAAUCAAAACAUGCCCUGCCUUUGAAAAAUGAAUUGGUAGUGGCUCCAGAUGCAUCUCCCUUCGCCAAACUGUUAACCCUGACUUCUAAUGGGCUCCUUUUCUUCUUCCUUCUUCCUGGCAGGCGGCAAGUGGAUGCAAAUGGCAAAGAAUCCUGGUUAACCAACAGCAGCUACUGGAAGUUGAGGGCGGAGCCUGGCUUCAGCAAUAUGGACAGCGCCGUCUUGUGGUAGCGGUUAGCAACCGCAGGAGCGGCUGUGCCUGCCUGCCAUUUCCCAAAGCAGCGGGGGGGGGGGUUAGGAGACCAGACAGCAAGGACCCCCUGCUAGAUAAGCACAAAGGUGAUCAAGGCAUGCAAUCCUGGGAUUACCAGCACCUCGUGAAGCGGAAGGACGCCUUUCGGUGUUGCGCCAUGCACUUCCAAAGCAGCCCUACCCCCCUCGCACACUUGAGGAAGGCGACCGUCUCGCCUCCUCAAAACUGCUGCCUGCUGGCUAGGCAGACCUUGGUGUGGAGCCUUGGGUUGCUGCGGAUGCCGACAGGAAGCACUUUAACACCCGCCGAGUCGCAAAUCGGCUCCGGGGCAGAAGCAGCGAGACUGGAUGCCCCCUUAAGCAACUUGAAAAUGGGAAACCGCUCUUUAAAUUUUCGAAGCCUGCCUUUUGCUCAGAGAACAGUGGCAAAUGUGUGCUCCAGCGCGGAGUGGGUGUUUGCACAGCGAAGCCUGGAUACCGGAUGUUUUGGGUCCUUCGACUACCUAGUAGUUUCCUUCUGGGGGGUGGCUGGUCGCGCCCUCCCUCCCCUCCUGUUUUUUUGGUUGUUUUCAAGUCGCUCCCGGUGGUUGUUCUGAGGUAAAGCCUGGCCUAAGUUAGGAAUUCCUGCUCCAGGAGCAGAUUAUAUGUGAAGCUGUGGUAGCCCUCUGAGGCAACUCUCUUUCUCCCUGCAAGGCGGCUGUAGGACGGGAAUCGGGUUAAUGUCACUCUGAGCCAGAGAUACCUGGUAUGGCGGAGACUCCAGGACUUUUUCCCACGCCUUAAGAAAGUCCUCUGAGUUCUGGGCCACUGUUGGGGCUUAUAGCAUUGAAUCAGGACAUUGUGUUUAUGUGUGUUUUGUUUCCCUUCAUCACCCCCUCUGGUAUCUCCUUCCCUCCCUAUUUGCUAGGAUUGUAAGCCGUUCUCCUCCUCCUCCUCCUCCCCACUGUCCUUCAGCAUUUGAAGCAAUAAUUUAAAAAAAGAGGGAGUGGGGAAACACUGACACUCCCACAAUCCUUUGCAGAAAUUUGUACCUCAGCAUCAGGUCAGGGUCUAUCAGAACUUGUGAUAUUCAAAGCUGCCUCGAUUAUGAUUGAAUGUAGAGGUGUGUGUGUAUCGUGGGAGCAAAACAUAUAUCCGAUCUCUUUCUCAGCUGUGGCAAGAGGAAUAUAGACUAUCCUGAGGCUCGGGUCCUGUUUUGAAGGGAGGGAAGAAAGGAGGAAGUUCUGGCUGAGUCUAGAGCAGGCCCACACCAGUUGUGGCCCACCAAGCCAAUGAAGACCAGCGAGUGCUUGACAGUCCCUGCUAUCGUUGCAUUUCCAAGUUUAUUGAACCCCGGAGGGGUUGCAGUACACAUGGUUAAUUUGGCUUGGUGGGUUACAAGGUGUUGCAAGCUCAGUCCAAUGGCUCCGUUCACACCUAGCUUUCCAAUUUUAUGGUUUUUGUUCCUGGUUUCAUCCCCCACCCAGUUUUCAAACUCUGUUUCGGGAAGUACUGUAACUGGAAAAUGCUGCAUGUCUUUAUGAAGUUACAAAGUACAGGCACAAGUAUGAGACCAUCAUGCAGAACUCCUAGGACCAUCAUCCAUGCUCCUAUAUCCUGCAAACCUGUCUGAGCUUUCCCAGCGUUACGAAAACGAACAUCUACUGCCAAAGUGGAGAAAUGCAACAUGUGAAGCAGCCCUCAGUUCUCUGAAUUCCCAAUCUGGAUGCAGGGCAGCCUAGGGACAUCACAGCUUUAUAUAUUUUUAGCGUCCAGACUCUAUGUUCUUUUACUGCAGUUCACCACUGUGCUGCCCAACUCACCCCGAGGUGGUCAUAACCUUUUCCUGCUUUUUUCUUGUUUACUGGCCCAGCCUCACCAUUUACGUGGGUCUGAAGUGGGCGGCAUCAUUAACUGAGUGUCUACAAAGCACUUUGGUUCCCUUCCUUGCUGGGAGAGGGUGGGGUUUGCACACUGUUGGAAACUGAGCCUCACUUUUCAGCUUUGAUCUUCUAUUUUAUUUUAAGAGAUACUUCCUGAAAGGGUUUUGAUAAUCGCUGCAUAGGAGGGGGAGCUUUAAUUUAUUCCCCGUUAUUCGCUCCUCCCUCUCUGCCCCUUCCUGAAGAUUUCUUGCCCAACAGAUCCAGAUUGGUGUCCUGUCUUGUUGUCUGCCCCUCCUUUCUGUGUGCUGGUUGUCUUUAAUGUCUCGUCUGGCCCAAAAAGCAGGUCGGCCUGCUCUUCGUUCACCUCACCUGGCUGGUCCAGUGAUGAGCCGCCGUUCCGUCUUCUGCGUCCAUGUUGACUGGCCUCUGUUCUGUCUUUGUGUUGUGGCUUGAACACUCCACGGCGUGUCCAAUAAUAAAAACAAAGAUUUCAGAAGAGUUCCAACGUGUGGUGGCCAUUUUGUUCAUCCUCCUCAGCCGGCAAGCAUGUGUGAUCAACUGCUUGUCCCUCACCAUCAAUAAUUGAAUAGUAAAGGUAAGAUAAAGUGACCCCUGAUCAUUAGGUCCAGUCGUGGCCGACUCUGGGAUUGCGGCACUCAUCUCGCUUUAUUGGCCGAGGGAGCCGGCAUACAGCUUCCGGGUCAUGUGGCCAGCAUGUCUAAGCCACUUCUGGUGAACCAGAGCAGUGUAUGGAAACACCAUUUACCUUCCCGCUGGAGCGGUACCUAUUUAUCUCCUUGCACUUUGAUGUGCUUUCGAACUGCUAGAUUGGCAGGAGCAGGGACCAAGAAACAGGAGCUCACCCCGUCGUGGGGAUUUGAACUGCCGAUCUUCUGAUCGUCAAGUCCUAGGCUCUGUGGUUUAACCCACAGCACCACCCGUGUCCCUAAUUGAAUGGUAGUUUAAAACAAAAACAAAAAACCACCAUUCAUAUGCCCUUUUUUGACUGCUCAAUGUGCACAGUACGUAUUCUCCUCCUAAAAGCAACUCUGGAUUAGGAGCCAUUUAAAAAAAAAAAAUAAAAAAAUCAAGCCCAUAUUGCAGGUAGUGGGCAGAUGUCACCUCAUAAAUCUAUGGUUGUGGAAAGGUUCAAAAGGGUGAAUCACUGCCAAAGAUACUGUGCUACAGCGCCAGUUUAACAUCAUUUUGACAGAUGCGUGGUACUGCAGCCACCAGCCCUGCCAUGGUGCAGGAAAGUCUACCACUUGCUGGAUUAGUGGAGAGUGACAAGCAGCCAGAGGAAGUACUUAACUACAAUGGCUCUCAGUACAUUUCUGAGCACAAUUCAAAGUGUUGGUGCUGACCUUUAAAGCCCUAAACACCCUCAACCUUGUAUACCUGAAGGAGCGUCUCCACCCCCAUCGUUCUGCCCGGACACUGAGGUUCAGCUCCGAGGGCCUUCUGGUGGUUCCCUCACUGAGAGAAGCAAAGUUACAGGGAACCAGGCAGAGGGCCUUCUCAAUAGUGGCGUUUGCCCUAUGGAACGCCCUCCCAUCAGUUGUCAAAGAAAUAAACAACUCUGAUUUUUAGAAGACAUCUGAAGCCAGCCCUGUUCAGGGAAGUUUUUAAUGUUUGAUGUUUUAUCGUGUUUUUAAUAUUCUGUUGGGAGCUGCCCAGAGUGGCUUGGGAGGCCUGUCCAGAUGGGUGAUGUAUAAAUAAUAAAUUACAGUGGUACCUCGGGUUACAUACGCUUCAGGUUACAUAUGCUUCAGGUUACAGACUCCGCUAACCCAGAAAUAGUACCUCGGGUUAAGAACUUUGCUUCAGGAUGAGAACAGAAAUUGUGCUCCAGCGGUGCGGCAGCAGCAGGAGGCCCCAUUAGCUAAAGUGGUGCUUCAGGUUAAGAACAGUUUCAGGUUAAGAAUGGACCUCCGGAACGAAUUAAGUACUUAACCUGAGGUACCACUGUAUUAUAAUUUAUCAUAAUAAGGGCCAUGCCUGCACCAAACCUUUAAAGCCGUAUGAUACCACUUUAAACAGUCAUAGUUUUCCCCCAAAGAAUCCUGAGAACUUUAAGGGUGCAGAGUGGUUAGAAGACCCCUAUUCCCCUCAGAGAGCUGCAAUUCCCAACAACAGUCAGCAUCCUUUACAAACCACUUGUCCUGUAGACAAGUAAACAAUAGUGCUUGGCAUCCUAACCAUGACCCAGUAAGGUACAUCAAUACUAUCUCCGAACUAAAGAUGGGGCUACUGUCUUAAAAUAUAAAUAACAGGUACCUUACUUCCUGAUCCAGGCAGAAGAAAUUUGACAGACAUGACAGGCUGCAUUUGGCACGUGGAGAGACACCCAAAGAACUAACAGCUUUACAGUUUAUUUAAAGAAAUUCUUAAGCCAAAACGAAAACUCAACAGGCAGCCUGUACACUGCUUUCAAUAAAUAUUUGCAAAUGUCAAGAAUUUUUGUUGUCUUGAAAAAUAAAAUAAAAAAAGAGAGAACCUCAAAACACCACAAAGACCAUUGUGUCUUUUACAUCUACAUAUUUUUUUGUUGUUUUAAGAGUGUAAACAGUUAGGAGAGCUGAGCCUAACUCCCCCCUCCGCCUCCGAGAAACUCAGCUGGGUUUGCCGAGCCACGGGGAGCGCUUAAAAGGGGAAAGAGUGUCCCAUUUGAUUGUCUAGCAUAAUUAAAAUUCACUUCACCAAAUGACCAUCAAGUCUUUCCAGGAUUAUAAAAUACCACCAAGAUUUGAGGGAGGGAAGGGGGAGAGGAAAUCUCUUUAGAGGAGGAGGUGGAAGUAUAAAAAUACAACUUAUGUCUUUGCCUCCUGCUUUCCAUAAAACUAAUUACGGAGGGCUUUAAAUAUGACCAUUCUGGACACAAUCCACUCUUCAUUGUAGACCUGCCCCAUUGAAAUGUAUGGUGUCUCUUGUUUUAUUUCUAGGGAGGCAUGCAUGCGAAGAUGCCCAGAUGACUUGCCCCUUUCUUUGCAAUUGCCUUCCACUUUGGGGAUCUCACCAAAUCAAAGCGUGUGCUCUGCAGCACACACAGCUAAACAGCGAGGCACAAUGCUACAAAAAUUAGCCAAGGGGCUUUCUGUACGGAUAACCCCCUAUGGCUCUGUACAAGAGGUUGUUUCCCCCCCAGUUCACUUCUCCUCCAAUCUCUCUGCGUAGGCGUCUCCACAUCUGGCACAAGAGGGCUACCUGAGAAACCUGUCCCUUUAUACCAGAGCUGAGGAAACCUAUGGCUCUUCAGGUGUUGCCGGACUCCCAACUCCCAGCAGCCCCAGCCCGUGGCCAAUGGUCAGGGAGGGUGGGACUUGUAGUCAAGCAAUAUCUGGAUGUCCACAUGUUUGCCAUCCCUGCUGGUUCCAUUU